AGUUGUUUGACAUUUCGGUAGAUUUGACAAUUCACGAUUGAAUUUGCUGGCAGUGUUUUUGUAUAAUCAUCUUUUCCAAUAAAUAGUUAAUUAAAACUAAUAAUAUGGAAGAAAUUGGCAUUAUAUUACCCGAGAAGGAUGACAUUGCUACCGAUGCUAAAGGAGCAUUUGCAGGACCACAAACCUUCGAAGAAGUAGAAUCAGAAGAUUUAUACACUAAAUAUAAGAAACUGCAGCGCAUGUUAGAGUUCCUGGAGGUGCAGGAAGAUUACAUCAAAGAUGAACAAAGGAACCUGAAGAAAGAAUACCUGCAUGCUCAGGAGGAGGUAAAGCGCAUCCAGUCCGUGCCGCUGGUCAUCGGGCAGUUCCUUGAGGCCGUUGAUCAGAAUACUGGCAUAGUGGGCAGCACAACAGGGUCCAACUACUAUGUCCGCAUCCUGUCCACCAUUGACCGGGAACUGCUGAAGCCUUCAGCAUCUGUCGCCCUACACAAGCACUCCAAUGCUCUGGUUGAUGUACUGCCCCCGGAAGCUGAUAGCUCCAUCUCCAUGUUGCAAGCAGACGAAAAACCCGACGUCCAAUACUCCGACAUCGGAGGCAUGGACACGCAGAAGCAGGAGAUCCGCGAGGCGGUGGAGCUGCCGCUGACGCACGUGGAGCUGUACCGCCAGAUCGGCAUCGAGCCGCCGCGCGGCGUGCUCAUGUACGGCCCGCCCGGCUGCGGCAAGACCAUGCUGGCCAAGGCUGUGGCGCACCACACCACGGCGGCGUUCAUCCGCGUAGUAGGAUCAGAGUUCGUGCAGAAGUACCUGGGCGAGGGCCCGCGCAUGGUGCGCGACGUGUUCCGCCUCGCCAAGGAGAACAGCCCCGCCAUCAUCUUCAUCGACGAAAUCGACGCCAUCGCGACCAAGAGAUUUGAUGCACAAACUGGUGCCGACAGAGAAGUACAAAGAAUCCUUCUGGAACUGCUAAACCAAAUGGAUGGUUUUGACCAGACCACUAACGUCAAGGUUAUAAUGGCCACAAACCGUGCCGAUACGCUAGAUCCUGCUCUGCUCAGACCGGGCCGUUUGGACAGAAAAAUUGAAUUCCCACUUCCUGAUAGACGUCAGAAGCGGCUGAUCUUCUCGACCAUCACGGCGAAGAUGAACCUGUCGGAGGAGGUGGACCUGGAGGAGUUCGUGGCGCGCCCCGACCGCGUGUCGGGCGCCGACAUCAACGCCAUCUGCCAGGAGGCCGGCAUGCACGCCGUCCGCGAGAACAGGUAUAUUGUCCUGCCUAAAGAUUUCGAAAAGGGAUACAAGAACAACAUCAAGAAGGAUGAGAGUGAAUACGAAUUCUACAAAUAGAUAUUAAUUGUAUUCGUCUUGUCUUAAAAUAAUUAACUCAAAGUAAAUAUAAUUGAUUAUGUAACUAAAA